UCGGACAAGGUAUGGUUAACUUGCAGGUUCCGUCGCAUUCGUCUCCCCCUUCAUUCCCCCUUUUUCCCUUCUCCCGCCGUUGCAGCGAAGGCUGCGAGAGUCCAUUCAUUGGACCCUCUUGUUUUAUUUUCCGUUCCAAGCAUCGCCCGGGAAGUUCACCCGCUGCCAAGAUUCGCUUUAGCCAGAUUGGCGAGCCCGUUGCGCGUUGCAACCCGCUCCCGCCAUGCGGCUCAGAUCUGCGGCUCAAUGGCUCCUCGUGCUCCCGGCGAGAAGCAGCGGUCUUGCUGACAAAAACUCCCACCAGCCGCUUGAGAAAAGGACACUCGCAACGUCGGAACCUUUCUACCCGUCGCCAUGGAUGAACCCGGACGCCGACGGUUGGACCGAGGCCUAUGCCCGCGCUAAGGAGUUCGUCUCCCGGAUGACGCUGCUGGAGAAGGUCAACCUGACCACGGGGGUUGGCUGGGAGGCGGAGCAGUGCGUCGGCCAGGUGGGCGCCAUUCCUCGCCUGGGCCUGCGGAGCUUGUGCAUGCAGGACUCUCCGCUCGGUGUCCGGGGGACCGACUUCAACUCCGGGUUCCCUUCCGGCCAGACGGCGGCCGCCACCUUCGAUCGCGGCCUGAUCUACCGGCGCGGCUAUGCCAUGGGCCAGGAGGCCAGGGGCAAGGGAGUCAAUGUCCUGCUCGGACCUGUUGCCGGCCCCCUUGGACGUGCCCCUACCGGCGGUCGGAACUGGGAAGGGUUCUCCCCUGACCCUGUUCUCACCGGCGUGGGCAUGGCCGAGUCCAUCAAGGGCAUCCAAGACGCCGGCACGAUUGCUUGUGCGAAGCACUUUAUUGGCAACGAGCAAGAGCACUUCAGGCAAGUGGGGGAGGCGCAAGGUUACGGGUUCAACAUCAGCGAGGCCCUGUCGUCCAACAUUGACGACAAGACCCUGCACGAGCUCUACCUCUGGCCGUUUGCGGACGCCGUGAGGGCCGGCGUCGGCUCCGUCAUGUGCUCGUACCAGCAGCUCAACAACUCGUACAGCUGCCAGAACUCCAAGCUCCUGAAUGGCCUGCUCAAGGGCGAACUCGGUUUCCAGGGCUUCGUCAUGAGCGAUUGGCAGGCCCAGCACACGGGCGCCGCAAGCGCUGUUGCCGGCCUCGACAUGACCAUGCCGGGAGACACCGAGUUCAACACGGGCCGGAGCUACUGGGGCGCCAACCUGACGCUCGCGGUGCUCAACGGCACCGUCCCCGCCUACCGCAUCGACGACAUGGCCAUGCGCAUCAUGGCCGCCUUCUUCAAGGUCAACAAGGACAUCAAGCUGGACCCCAUCAACUUCUCCUUCUGGACCCUGGACACGUACGGCCCGAUUCACUGGGCGGCGCAGACGGGCUACCAGCAGAUCAACUACCACGUGGAUGUGCGAGCCGACCACGGCAGCCUUAUCCGGGAGAUCGGCGCCAAGGGAACCGUGCUCCUCAAGAACACCGGCUCUCUGCCCUUGAAGAAGCCGAAAUUCCUGGCCGUGAUUGGCGAGGACGCCGGCCCCAACACCAGCGGGCCGAACUCUUGCUCCGACAGGGGAUGUGACAAUGGCACUCUCGCCAUGGGCUGGGGUUCCGGCACCGCCAACUUCCCGUACGUCGUCACGCCCGAUGCCGCGCUGCAGGCGCAGGCCCUCCAGGACGGUUCGCGCUACGAGAGCAUCCUGUCCAACUAUGCGACAUCGCAAAUAAAGGCUCUUGUGUCACAAGCCAACGUGACAGCAAUCGUCUUUGUCAACGCCGACUCGGGCGAGGGCUACAUCAAUGUGGACGGAAACAUGGGCGACCGGAAGAACCUGACGCUGUGGAAGGAUGGCGACGCGCUGGUCAAGAACGUGGCCAGCUGGUGCUCCAACACCAUCGUCGUGAUCCAUUCCCCGGGCCCGGUUCUGCUGACCGAGUGGUACAACAGCCCCAACGUUACCGCUAUCCUCUGGGCCGGUCUCCCCGGCCAAGAGUCCGGCAACUCGAUCGCCGACGUUCUGUACGGCAGGGUCAACCCUGCCGCGCGGUCGCCGUUCACGUGGGGCCCAACCCGCGAGAGUUACGGGACCGAUGUUCUCUACACGCCGAACAACGGCAACGGCGCGCCGCAGGACGACUUCACCGAGGGCGUCUUCAUCGACUACCGCUACUUUGACAAGACCAACUCGUCCGUCAUUUACGAGUUCGGCCACGGCCUCAGCUACACCACGUUUGAGUACAGCAACAUCCGGGUACAGAAGUCGAACGCGGGCAAGUACGAGCCCACGACGGGCAAGACCUCGCCCGCGCCCACCUUUGGCAACUUCUCGACCAACCUCAAAGACUACGUGUUCCCGAGCCACGAGUUCCCUUACGUUUACGAGUACAUCUAUCCUUACCUCAACACGACCGACCCCAAGGCGGCCUCGGGCGACGCGAACUACGGCCAGACGGCCGACAAGUUCCUCCCGCCGCACGCGACCGACUCGUCGGCCCAGCCGCUGCUGCGCUCGUCGGGCAAGAACUCGCCGGGCGGCAACCGGCAGUUGUACGACGUCAUGUACACGAUCACGGCCGACAUCAAGAACACGGGCUCGAUCGUCGGCGAGGAGGUGCCGCAGCUGUACGUCGCGCUGGGCGGGCCGGACGACCCCAAGGUGCAGCUGCGCGACUUUGACCGCAUCCGCAUCGACCCGGGCAAGACGGCGCAGUUCCGCGGCACGCUGACCCGCAGGGACCUGAGCAACUGGGAUACGACGCUGCAGGACUGGGUCAUUAGCAAGUACAAGAAGACGGCGUAUGUGGGGAGGAGCAGCCGGAAGCUGGACUUGAGCAUUGAGUUGCCGUGAGCGAGCGUGGGUUGGCUAGGGCAGUCUAGCAGUAUUUAUUCAUCCUAGUAACUAUUUGUAAUGCAAUAAGUUGCAGAGUAACAAGGGGCGCUCUGAGGAGGUGUCCCACACUUACA